AAGAAAGAAAGAAAGAAAGAAAGAAAGACUGCCUAGAUAAUCCUCCCUCCCUCGGUCAGCCUUCGCCCCCGGCUCGCUUUCGCUCGGGAUAGGGAAGCGGCGCCGUCCAGCGGCCCAGCGGCUUCCCCUCCUUCUUCCUCCUCCUCCUCCUCCUCCUCCUCCCUGCCGGGGAGGGACCGGCGGCGCCAUCUAGGGCGUCCUCCUCGGCUCGCCUCCCCCGACCGGGCCGGGGCGCCAGGCGAGCGGGACAGAGGAGCGAGCGGGGCGGCCGAGCGAGCGCGGGAGGAACUUCUCGGCGCUCCGUCGGGCGGGGAGGAGCCGCUUCUCCGCCCGGCCCGCGGCCAUGGCCAGCGCCGCGCCGGUCUCGCCGGCCGAGGCGGACGAGGAGCGGCGGGAAGCGGCGCUGCGGAAGCUGCUGGUCCGGCUGCGGAGCCUGCAGGCGGGGAAGCAGCUGGAGAGCCUGGUGCAGACGCUGCAGGACCUGCUGGCCUUCGCCGCCCUGCCCGGCGGAGCCAGGCUCUUCGCCGACGGGAGCGCCUACGUGCCUCUGCUGCUGGUGCUGGUCUCCUACCUGAGAGUGGGGCGCGUGCAACAGGUGGGUUGGACACUUCUCUGCAAACUUAUUAAAAUAUGCCCAGAAACUCUGCAUCGUUUAGCAGGUCCUCAAGGAGUGGGGAAGGACUGGGAAGUUCUCGGUGUUCAUCAGCAAAUUCUUAAGAUGCUUAAAACCCACAGUGCUGAUGUGGAUCUUUCAACUGUGGGCUUGAAAACAUUAAACCUGCUUCUUUCUUCAGAUGAAAUCACACUUCUUCUCUUAGAAGAAGGGACCGACAUAUUUUUAUUGGUAUUUGAUGCCAUGGAUUCCUUUCCCGAUAAUGAAAAGAUCCAGAGAUAUGGAUGUAAAGCUUUGCACAUGCUUUUAGAAAAAGUUCCUGAGGAGCAGCUGAUUGAAUUUGUGGAAGCGAACGAUCACAUGAUUAUACUAAGAGUGUUUAAACAAUUCCCAGAGAAGGAGAAUAUCAUCUGUUUGGCACUUCAGUCCUUGUAUCUGUUGGCUGGACCACUUAGCAAUGCGGAAGUUCUCAUGUCUGGAAAUGUGCGGUGUUACAAUAUCGUAGUGGAGGUUAUGAAAGCGUUCCCUGCAUGUGAGCCAAUUCAGGAAGUUAGCUGCUGUCUGCUGCACAAACUUACUCUCGAAAACUUUUUCAAUAUCCUCGUAUUGAAUUGUGUACACGAAGUGAUUCUGAAGGCUGUAGAAACGUACCCUGGAAAUGAGAAGCUACAGGCAGCUGGCAUUAGUUGUCUGGCUCUCCUCACGGAAACCAUCUUUUUAAACAGAGAUUUGGAAGACAAAAAGGAAGAAGAGGAAGAUGAAGAAAAUAAAUUCUGUUGGCUGGAGGCCUGCUAUAAAGCAUUAAAAUGUCACAGAAGAAAUAGAGGCGUACAGGAAGCUGCUUGCUGGGCAUUGAACAAUCUGCUUAUGUAUCAGCCUACUCUUAAUGAGAAGAUUGGGGACGAAGAAGGAAAGUACCCAGCGCACAGAGAAAUGAUGCUGGCUAUGUUGAUGUAUUCUUCUUCCAAAGAAGUGUUCCAGGCAGCUGCCAAUGCCUUAGCUACUCUCGUGAAGCAAAACGCAAAUGCUAGAAGAAUUCUCUUGGCGAAAGGUAUACACAUCAACGUGCUGGAGAUCAUGAAGAAAUAUUCCAAUUCUCCCGAAAUUGCAGAAGGUGCCUGCCGAUUGCUAAACCAUGCUUUCGAAGGAAGUUUCUUACAAUUGGAUAUCAUGCUCGCCGCUGCAUCUGGAAGUGUGCAGACCAUGAAGAAACAUAAAUCUUUGCCAUCCGUCCAGUUGGAAGCACUUAAAGUGAUUUUACGUUGCAUGGCUCCAGGUAUACUAAACAAUCAGCAGCACGUUGGUUCGGAAAACCCUAACCUGCAAACAGAGUUAACAUUUAUGAAAAAUAACUUUUUCUUAGAAGAUGGCCAUUCUCUUGUCCUUGGUGCUCUGAACACGUUCAUUGGAAAUCCAGGCAUCCAGAGAUAUGGACUCCAAAUACUUUCCUGUGUCAAAGAAUCCUCCACUCUAUUACAAUUGUUAUCAAAUCUAGGAAUGACAGAUACUGUGCUCCACACGCUACAGAUGUACCCGGAUGAUCAAGAAAUACAACACUUAGGUUUAAAUCUUCUGGGAUCCCUGGUAUCAGGAAAGAGAUUGUGUACAGUUACUUUCUAUGUCCUGGUAUCACCCUUGGUUUCGACAUUACGACGCUUUAAGGAUGUGGUUGAAAUUCAGACUCAGGGAUAUCAAAUUAUUACAACCAUACUCGACUCGUCCCCUUGGUUUGCAAACCUGCUCAUCCAGGAAUCGUUUGAUACCUGUCUCUUCUAUCAACUCUCCACAUGCUUUAAUGAGCAAAGAGAUCAGCAGCUUCAAAGUCUUUGUUGUAAAUGCUUUGCGAAAAUAACUCAACACGAGGACUUGAAAAACGUGAUGUUGGAGAAGGCCUGUGCCGAAGGCAACAGCGUUAUGGCCGAAUGUUUGCUGCUGCUGGGUGCCGAUGUGAACCAAAGCUCGAAGGAGAAGUCUUUAAUUUACGAAGUAUGUGAGAAAGGAAGCAACCCAAAAUUGGUUGAACUACUGCUCAACAGCGGUGCCCGGGAACCCGAUGUUCGAAGCGCUCUGACAGUCAGCAUCAAGAAAGGAGACAGUGGAAUCAUUAGCCUGCUUCUUAAAAAACUUUGCCUGGAUGUGGCCAACAGCAGCAUAUGUCUGGGAGGAUUCAGCCUUGGGCAAAUUGAGCCUUCUUGGCUGGUCCCCUUGUUUCCAAGCAGACCUCUGUCCUUCCGGAAGCAAACCAGUUCCGCGUUGGCCGUAAUGGUCCUUCGAUAUCAGAGGACGAGUAGUUACAAAGAUGAGUCAAGAUCUGACAUAAACAGCCAGACUGAUGAAAUGCAGAAAUUUGAUGAAUGGACGUUCUUACCUGAUCCUUUAGUUGACAAUGUCUUCUCUUUGAGUGACGACGUCGAGAGCGAAGGCAGUGAAAGCUCAUUUAUGGUAAGGCAGAAAUCUUACUCCGUGGCGGCCGCAGACCUCCAGAAACCUCUUCAGGCCUACUCUCCUCCCCUCCAAAGACAUUCCAGAUCUGUGGGGCUUGGAUCACCUUACGAACCAUUAACGAACCAAAGAAGAAAAAAUGUGUUUUCUGAAGAAUCCCACAAAGGCACGUCUGUCUUCCAAUCAAACCUGAAGAGCUCGGACAGUUUUUCUUCCCUGGUCUCUGACAGAGAAUAUAUUAAAUCCCUCGACCUGUCUUCAAAUGAGCUGGAGAACGUAGAUCCCAUCAGUCAAAGUCUUUGCUUAAUUACCCACUUCGAACAUCUCGACAAAUUGGAACUGCAUCACAAUCAGCUUUCCUGCAUUCCAAAACAACUUUGUGAGACCUUGAAAUGUUUGACUUAUCUCGACCUGCACAGCAACCGCUUGAAGUCUUUCCCACAGUGUCUCUUGGAAAUGCCUCAGAUCGCUCACCUCGACGUUUCGCGCAAUGAAAUUGGGCCUACCUUAUGUUUCAAUCCAAAAGUCACCUGUCCGACCUUAAAAUUACUCAAUUUGUCAUACAACCAACUGUCACACAUUCCUAGAGAUCUUGGCGAUGUUCUGAUCAAGCUGGAGCAUCUCAUAUUGGAAGGGAACAGACUUUCAGCGUUAGUUGGGCGCCUAGGUUUAAAAGAACUGAAAAGUUUAAACAUUAGCAAGAAUGAUAUAUCGUACCUGGAUACAGAACUUCUGCAGGAGUGUUUGAAAUUGGAAAUACUCAAUGCAGCUGUAAAUAGAAUUGAUGCCAUAUACACCUUGCCUUCUAACAUAACCACAUUGAAACUAGCUAAGAAUGCUUUUAUCACUGUUCCACCGGCAAUUCUUCUUUUACCACAUUUGCGAUCGGUGGAUUUAAGCAGCAAUAGCAUUGGAAUUUUACCUGAUCCUGCAUCUUGGAAAUCUUCAAAUUUAAGAGAAUUGAUAUUUAACCGCAAUCAAAUAAGCAUUCUAGACUUGAACGACAAAGCUGCUUGCUGGGCUGGGCUUGAAAAACUACACCUGUCUAACAACAAAUUAAGAGAGAUUCCUCCAGAAAUCGGGUUCCUUGAAAACUUGACAUCUUUUGACGUUAGUUACAAUCCAGCAAUACGGUGUUUUCCAGAUGAAAUGGGGAAAUUGUCGAACAUCUGGGACCUUCCUUUGGAAGGGUUACACCUUAACUUAGAUUUCAAACACGUGGGAGGCAAAGCAAGGGAUAUUAUCAGAUUCCUUCAACUGCGCUUGAAGAAGGCCGUUCCCUACCACCGAAUGAAGCUCAUGAUUGUUGGAAACGCCGGCAGCGGUAAAACAACCUUGUUACGACAACUGAUGAAAUGGAAGAGGCCAGAUUUGGCCCCUCAGACUCCAACCAUCGGCAUUGAUGUGCAUGACUGGAAGAUUCCCCGAAGGGGCAAAAUCAAGAAAGACACAAUUUUAAACGUCUGGGAUUUUGCAGGUCAAGAAGAAUUCUAUAGCGCUCAUCUCCAUUUUAUGACUCAGCGAGCUCUCUACCUCGUGGUUUAUGACCUUAGCAAAGGGGAAUCAGAAGUGGAUGCCAUGAAACCGUGGCUGUUUAAUAUCAAGACCCGAGCGUCAUUCUCCCCUGUGAUUCUCAUCGGGACUCAUUUAGACAUCUCUGCCGAGAAGCAGCGUAGAGUUUGCAUCGAUAAAAUCACCAAGGAGUUGAUGAAUCAGAAGGGAUUUCCCAAAAUCCACGACUAUCACUUUGUGAAAGCCACCGAAGAGUCUGAAUCGAUGACUAAGCUUCGACAAAUCAUCAUCAAAGAAUGCCUGGAGUUUAAAAUCAGAGAUCAGCCGGUGAUUGGCCAGUUAAUUCCAGACAGCUACUUGGAACUCGAGAAGAGUAUUCUGGAAAUACGCAAAACGUUACCGGCUGAGUUCCCUGUGAUCUGCCAGAGUCAGCUUUACGAAUUGGUGCAAGAAAACCAGCUACAAUUGGACGAAAAUGAGCUUUCGCACGCGGUGCAUUUUCUGAACGAAUCGGGUGUCCUCCUCCACUUUCAGGAUCCCGCCCUUCAGCUCCGAAAUUUGUAUUUUGUCGAUCCCAAGUGGCUGUGUAAAAUCAUCGGCCAGAUCUUGACCGUGAAGGUUGAUGGCUUUACGAAGUACCCCAAAGGGAUCAUAAAGCGUUCUGAUGUGGAAAAAUCCCUGCUAAAGAAUAGUAAAUUUCCUGAGAUCUGCAAGGGCCAAUACUUCAAGCUGCUAGAGAAGUUUCAGAUUGCUUUGCCACUCGGAGAAGAUCAACUGCUUAUUCCGAGCAGCUUGUCAGAUCAACGGCCUGUGAUAGAAUUACCUCACUGUGAAAACUCUGAGCUUAUUAUCAGAUUGUAUGAGAUGCCCUAUUUUCCUAUGGGAUUCUGGUCCCGGCUAAUUAAUCGACUGCUUGAAGUGUCUUCAUACAUGCUUUCGGGAAGAGAACGAGCUCUUCGUCCUAACAAGAUGUAUUGGAGGCAAGGCAUAUAUCUGAGUUGGUCUCCGGAAGCUUACACCUUGGUGGAAUCUGCAGUUCUGGAAAACAAUCUCAACAGCUUUUUAAAAAUCACGGUCCCUUCUUGCAGAAAAGGUUGCAUUAUUUUGGGGCAAGUUGUAGAUCACAUCGAUUCUCUCAUGGAGGAGUGGUUCCCGGGUCUAUUAGAAGUAGAUAUUUGUGGCGAAGGAGAAACACUGUUGAAAAAAUGGGCUUUGUACAGUUUUGAAGAUGGAGAAGAACAUCGGAAAAUAUUGCUUGACGACCUACUUAAAAAGGCAGAGGAAGGUGACCUCUUAAUAAAUCCAGAUCAACCCAGGUCUACUGUUCCAAUUGCUCAAAUUGCUCCUGAUUUGAUUUUGGCGGAUUUACCCAGAAACAUCAUGUUGAACAACGAUGAGCUGGAAUUCCACCAAGCUCCAGAGAACCUUCUUGGCGACGGCGGAUUUGGAUCUGUGUACCGCGCAGUUUACGUCGGCGAAGAAGUAGCUGUAAAGAUUUUUAAUAAGCAUACAUCCCUUAGGCUCCUGAGACAGGAACUUGCUGUGCUUUGUCAUCUCCAUCAUCCUAGCUUGGUAUUCUUGAUGGCUGCAGCUGUGCGACCCCGGAUGCUUGUCAUGGAAUUAGCCCCAAAGGGGUCUUUAGAUCGGUUACUGCAGCAAGAAAAUGCAUGUCUAACCAGAACCUUGCAGCACAGGAUAGCUCUGCAUGUUGCAGAUGGCCUGAGGUACCUACAUUCUUCAAUGAUCAUUUAUCGUGACUUAAAGCCCCACAACGUCUUGCUCUUCACGCUUUAUCCCAAUUCAGCAGUCAUUGCCAAGAUUGCCGAUUAUGGCAUUUCCCAAUAUUGUUGCCGGAUGGGAAUAAAAACCUCCGAAGGCACACCAGGAUUUAGAGCACCAGAAGUCGCAAGAGGAAACGUUAUUUACAAUCAGCAAGCUGAUGUUUAUUCGUUUGGCUUGCUGCUAUAUGACAUUUUAACAGCUGGUGGGAGAAUAUUAGAGGGCAUAAAAUUUCCUCAUGAAUUUGAUGAAUUAGCUAUCCAUGGGAAACUGCCAGAUCCCGUCAAAGAGUACGGCUGUGCCCCUUGGCCAAGAUUUGAAGAUUUAAUUAAGAAAUGUUUGAAAGAAAAUCCUCAAGAAAGACCUACGUCUGACCAGGUUUAUGAAACGUUGAACUCUGCCGAGCUCGUUUGUUUCAUGAGACACAUUUCGGUGCCCUCUCCUUUGGCGUCGGAAUGCAUGGUGGCCACAAACCAAAGUAACAAGAAGACCGGGAUCUGGAUCGGGAGUGGCGGCAGGGGAGAGGCCCAGCUCUCGUUUGUCGACGUAAACACAGACGAACGCGCCUGCGAAAACGUUGAAGACAGUAGAAUCUUAAGUUUGGCCUUGGUUACCGUUUCCGCAGCGAAGGAGAACUGGGUGAUUGCAGGAACCCAGUCAGGAUCCCUCUGGUCCUUUCACACCCAAGAUGGAGAACGCAGGCAUCAGUUUCACACCAUGUCAGAUUCGGUCACCUGCCUUUACUGCAGUCCCUUGUCAAAGCAUAACAAGUACCGGAAUAUCUUUUUGGUGGGCACAGCCAAUGGACAGCUGGCCAUUUUUGAGGACAGAGCAGUCAAGGGCAAAUGUGCUGGACCCUUAAGGACUUUUCUCAUUGGAAGUAGCAGCACGCCACUGAUGUGUUUAAGUGAAUCAAGUUAUUCAUCCGACAAAAGUACACUCUGGGGUGGCUGUGGAACAAAGAUACUAUCGUUGUCCAGCGAUUUGUCUACCCACAAACUCAUUGAGACCAACACGAGUCAGCUAUUAUGUCACAAGAACUACUGUGAUGCCAAUAUUAUUUCUAUAGCAGUGGACAAAUUUAUCUACUUGGCCAAGAAGGAAAGCUAUCUUGUUGAGAUUUGGGACAAAAAAACGGAGCAGCUUUGUGAACUAAUUGACUGCGUGCAUCUACUAAAAGCGGAGGUCCCAAAGCUGAACAGGGAAUCGAAACAAAAACUGGCGUAUCCCGGAAGAGUGAAGAGUAUUUGUCUUCAGAAAAAUACGGCCUUGUGGAUCGGUACAGGGGGAGGACACAUCAUACUACUGGACCUGUCCACGCGCCUCCCCAUUCGGAUAAUUCACGAUUUCUGUCGUUCAGUGAGAAUGAUGAGGACCACACAGCUAGGCACCCUCAAGAAUGUUGUUCUGGUCUUGGGUUAUAACCACGCGAAGGAUAGUGAAGACGAACACAUUAAAGGAAUGCAAUCUUCUGUGUCAAUCUGGGACGUUAACCUGUCACACGAAGUGCAAAACCUGAAAAAACAUAUCGCAAUGAGGCAAGAACUAGCUGAGAAGAUGAAGAGUUUUUCGUUGGAUUAGCUGGAUUAAUUCACGAGAUUUACAUGAGACUGCUGAAGUUAAGUUUCAUUGGAGGACGGGCGACAUCCUUGCUAAAUGCAACAUUACCACCGGCUUCCUUUCAAACGAAACAAAAAUAUUAAUUGUACAGCAGUGUGCAAUAUUCCAGAUUAAAGGGAUAAGGUGCGGCAGCACAAAAAAUAUAUUGCUUCUGGGUUUCAGAUGCCAUUAGGUUUAAAUUAAUUCUCUUUUGCUGCUUUCCCUGUUCUAUUUAUAUCUUUCUGUAGGUAUAAUUCAAUACGAUUUAAUUGUUUGAAGCACAUUAGUUAAAAUAUAGAAGCUAUUUAAACCCCAGGAAAUGAAAGGCAUUCUAAGUGUAAUUUUUGAUAGCACCCACUCACCCUUCGGGCACAUUUGAAAAUAAUUUGGAUGAAAUACUUCAUGUAAGCCCAAUUCUUUUCUCUGGCUUUUUUUCAGCUCACGUUUCCUCCCCCCCCCCUCAAGCUUCUACCCAAGGUGCUACGGCUGCUUUAAGGAUUUCACUUAUUAAAUUUAAUGUGACCUUUAAUAAAAGGUUACAUCAAUGCCAGCUUUGGGUGGAAGCCAGAAAAAAAGGAAGACUCUUUGAAUGAAUUGCAGGGAAGUGCUGGGCUCGCAGGAGAUCGGAAACGUUUAAGAUCGCAUGAAGUGUUAGUACCACUUGAUUCUGCGAUGGUAAGAUCACCCUGGGAAUCCUGCAUCCAGUUCUCGUUGCCAUGAGACAAAAAAGUUGCUGAGACUGUAGAAAAGCAUUCAGGGAAGAGUAGGGUAUGACGGCCAAAUUUUGCGAUGAACAAUUGGGGGAUCUUGUCUAAUAAAGAGGAGGACUAGGGGUGACCUGGUAGCAGUCUUCCAAUAUCUCAGGGGCUGCCCCAAACAAGAGGGAGUCAAGCACCUGAGGGCAGGACAAGAAACAACGGAUGGAAACUAAUCAAGGAGAGAAGCAACCUGGAAUUAAGGAGAAACUUCCUGACAGGGAGGACAAUCAAUUCGUGGAACGAGUUGCCUACAGAGGUUGUGGGUGCUCCAUCACUGGAGGUUUUUAAGAAGAGACGGGACAGCCACUUGUCUGGAAUGGUAUAGGGCAGUGGUUCUCAACCUUUUUAAUGCCGCGACCCCCAACCGGUCGUAAGUCG